AUUUAGACCGCCAGAGCUCAAACAUCUAACCAAACGAAGAGCAGAGACGCUCCCAGGAAGAAAGGAUUAAGAUGUCAAGCCUGUAUUUUCUUUUACUACUUCAAGUUUAUCCUGUGGCCAUGGUUCUUGGACAGAAUGAAGGCUCAGGCCACUUUCUGCUAAGCAGCUACAAUGAGGUUGUGCCAGAGGUGACCUACUACACCCCCCAGCUGGACUACAGGAAUCCGCGUUGGUGUCACACCCUGAGCUUGUCGAACGGGGAGGCCACCUGCUUCUCCCCCCGUGGGGGGCACCACCGGAGCACCUUGGGGACGCGCUGCCAGCUGUCCUGCGACCACGGCUACCGGCUGCUGGGACGAGCGUCCGUGCAGUGCAUGGCCAACCGCCGCUGGUCAGGGACUGCCCAUUGUCGCCAGGUCCGCUGUCACGUCCUGCCCCUGAUCGAUCGGGGGACUUACAGCUGCACUGAGGGUGUGACCGUCGACUCCAGGUGUGACUACACCUGUGACCCCGGCCACCACCUGGAGGGGGACCGCACCCGUACCUGCUUGGAGGGGGGCGUGUGGAGUGGCACAGAGCCCACCUGCACAGAUAUCGACCCUCCGACGAUCAAGUGCCCCCCAUCCCGAGUGAGGGUUGCAGCACCAGGGAAGCUGACCGCAAAGGUGUCCUGGGAGCCCCCUGUGGUCAAAGACAGUGCCGAUGCCAUGCUGACAGAUGUGAAGCUGACGGGCCAGGAGCCGGGCUCAGACUUUAAAGAAGGGAUCCACGUUAUCCGCUACAAGGUGUACGAUCAGGCCAGGAACAAGGCGGCCUGCAAGUUCAUUGUCCGUGUGGAGGUCAGGAGGUGCCCAGCUCUCAAGGCCCCAUUGCAUGGGUACCUCACCUGUUCCUCGGACAGGAACAACUACGGGGCAGUGUGCGAGUACCACUGUGAUGGGGGCUACGAACGAAGGGGUACCCAAACUAGAGUGUGCCAGUUCAACCGCAGCUGGAGUGGGAUAGCUCCGGUCUGUGUCACCAUGGAGAUAAACACAGACGUGAAGACGGCUGCUGCCCUGCUGGACCAGUUCUAUGAGAAGAGGAGACUGCUCAUUGUCUCCACCCCCGACAAUGCCAACCAGUACUACAAGCUGCAGAACAUCAUGUUGCAGAGGGCUGGGUGCGGUCUGGACCUGCGACAGGUGACAGUGAUCGAGCUCCUGGGGUUGCCUCCUCGUGAAGUGGGCCGCAUCAAGGAUCGAUUCUUGGACUCUCAGGUCAUCGAGGGGCUCAGGCAGGCCCUGAGGAUUUCCAGAGUGUACUUCUCCAUGGUGCUGCUGGACAAGCACGGCAUCGACCGCGAUCGCUUCGUCGUGCCUACAACCUCGGAGGAGCUGUACUCACUCAUUGACACGUACCUGAUGGAGGAGGAGGAACGUGAGCGCCUCGAGAAAAACAAGGAUUACUGCAUCUGA